ACAGCAGGUGGCGGUAUGAAUCUCAACAAAUGCGGCAUGCAAGUGAGCGAGUGAAGGAUUCGUGUACGGAAGUAUAUGCUUUUCCCAACAGUAAAAGCCUCAGACCCUCCAAAAUGAGUAAAUCAAAAACCGUGAAGAAAGAGAAAAUAAGUGUGGCAACCGAGAUUGACCGCAUUGAGGAGCGCAAAUUGCGCUGUAAAAACAACCUGGAGAGGGCAGAAUUCAGACAGAGAAAAGAGCAGCUCUCAGACAACGACAGGCUGGCCCUGGAAGACGAGAUGACCAUACUGAAUGAAAGAAUACAGAAAUAUGAAAAGGAGCUGCAGGUGCUGAGAGGAGAGAACAGGAAGAACAUGAUGCUGUCUGUCGCUCUGUUAGCCAUCAGUGCUCUUUUCUACUACACAUUUAUUUAUUAAGAGGUAUUUUCUGUCAUGCCAAACACUGUCUGAGAAUGAGACUUGGGGAGUCUGAGAUUCAUUAAUCCUCAUCAGUGUUCAUCAUUUGGCAACACUGGUUUGUUCAGAGGUUGUGGAUUUGUCAGUGUCGUUACAUUAUGCCAUUUUCAUCUUGGCCUCGACAUCCUGGAUUGUCUCAACUUGUUUGCGGUGUAACAGAGACAUUAGAUGCUUGUGCAUCAGAGAGACAUUGAAUUUGGAUUAUGUAUGUUUAUAUGAUCCUCAUUGUGAAACACUUCACUCAGUAAUCACUCAAUGUUUCUCUCCAGAUCACUGUUUAUUGCAUUUCAACAGGACUAACAUGCACAAAGGAGGGAGGGGCAGAGGGUGUUAUUCCAUCCAAAAAUAAAAUUUAUCAACAAAAUGUUCAAUUGAAAUAAAAAACAGCCAUCAAUAAAAUGCAAUACUGUCCCAUUAAACUACCGUUCGUCCCCUUGAUAUCCUUGAUACUUGUAGCAAAUAGUACUGGUAAUACACUCACUUGCAAUACAACAAAACACUAGGCAGCCAGGUAUAUUCAGUCCUAUUUUAAAGAAAUAGUUAAUAAACAAACAAAAAAAAAAAAGAAAAUU